AAACUGUACUAAUCGAUUGAUAUUUUGAUUAAACUCAAAUUAAUUUUGUUAUAAUAUUCCUAUCAAGAUGGAUGAAGAAGGCGAAAGCAUUUUACUUGAAGAUAAUUAUUAUCAGCUUCUAAAUGUAUCAAAGACGGCUUCUUUAGAAGAAAUCAAUAGUGCAUAUCGUCGUUUCUCUCGAAUGUUUCAUCCAGACAAACAUAGCACAGAUCCCAACAAACAAAAAUGGGCUGAGCAGAUAUUCAACAAAGUGAAAGAGGCUUAUGAAGUUUUAUCUGAUUCACACAAAAGGGCCAUAUAUGAUACACUAGGAAAACGAGGUUUAGAAGUAGAUGGUUGGGAGGUUAUUUUCCGCACACGCACUCCUAGGGAAAUAAGAGAAGAAUAUGAGAGGUUAAAACGGGAACGUGAGGAACGUAGGCUCCAGCAGAGUGCCAACCCUCGUGGCACAAUCACACUCUCCAUCAAUGCCACAGAUAUGUUUACAAAGUAUUAUGAUGAAUAUGAAAUAAUGGAAGAAACUACAGUGAUCCCUAACAUUGAAGUGUCAGGAAUGACAAUUCAACAAUCCAUUGAUGCUCCAGUAACACUUCGAAAUACAAUGACUCUGUCAGGAAACAUAUCAACUCAGAAUGGAAUAGGUACUGGUUCAAUAAAUAUGUGUAACAGGCACCUUAGCUCAGAAAAAGGCUGGACAGAAGUUGAAUGUGGAAUAGGAAAUGGUCCUUUACUAGGUGUAAAAUUAUUUCGUACAUUGUCUAGACUUAUGUUUCUAAAUUGUGGCACAGUGUUACAGUUUACAUCAAGAGGAAUUUCACCUAGCUUUGUUUCUACAUUAGCUCUUCAGUUAGAUGCUCACUCAGUGGGUUAUUUGACAUACCGAGCUGGAAACCAAGGCUCUUCAAUGACUUCAAUCUAUGUGAGGGACUCGGAGAAAUAUCACAGCAACACUGCAAUCCAGAUUGGCAAUCCGCAUUCAUUUAUAUCUUUCAAUGUGAUGAGGAAAUUGCCCCAACAUGAUUUGAAGCUGAGACUGGCUGUAAAAUUUGGGACAUUUGGUGCAAUAGCUGAGUAUGGUGCGGAAAAGAAAGUGUCACAAAACAGUAGUGUGUCAGCUGCAGUUAUGUUGGGUGUUCCUAGCGGGGUUAUGCUCAAACUCAAGUGGACAUGUUCAUCACAAACUAUAGUAGUGCCAAUCCAUCUGUGUGAGGAAGUGAUGCCGUCACCAGUUUUCUACGCAACUGUAGUUCCAUUAGUAUCAUGGAUGAUAUUAAAAAAAAUCGUUCUGGAUCCUAUUGCAAGAGAGCGUCAGGAACGAGAGAGACAACGUUCUAUGGAAGCUAAUUUUGAAAGAUUACAGGAGAUGCAAAGACAAGCACGCGCUACUGUAGAACUGAUGAGAGAAACUUAUUCCAGAAUUCGGUCCCACGAAGAUAAGAAGAAAGGUCUCGUCAUAUUAAAAGCUCUAUACGGAAAGCUACCGGCAGAUACAUCGAGCCACGUGAUACCCGAACAGACAGGAGACGGUGUAUCUCCCGAAUCGCCGAGUCCUUACAGCGAUGUCAUCGACGUCACAAUACCCGUACAAUGUUUGGUCAAAGAUUCAAGGCUUGAACUUCUCGAGGCAAGCAAGUCGGAACUACCAGGCUUCUAUGACCCGUGCGUUGGCGAGGACAAGCACUUGACAGUACAGUACAUGUUUCACAAUAAUUUGCACUGCUGCACCGUACCUGACAAUCAGGCCAUCGUUCUGCCUCGCAACAAUCAUCGGAUAAAGAAUAGAUCCUGAAAAUUAAGGUCCAAACGCGUCUAAGCGUUUGCGACACAUAUCGGACACUUCGUAAAAUACGAACGUGUAGUCUUUACUGAACUUUAAAUACGAUUUGAAAUAAUAAUAAAGAAUCCAGAACAUUACAUAAAAAAGUUUCAUCUGAUAAAUCUUUGAAUUCUUCGUGCAGCUAAUUUAAUAGAACACAACUUACACAACUAAACAUUCCAUUAAAAAAAAUU